CUAAACACCAAAGAAAAAAAGACGAGAAAAAUGAAAAGACACCUAAACCAGCCGCCGCCAACUUGUCUCUCAAGAAUUGAACCAGUUGUCGUCUUAUGCACACAGCUAGCUACUCAAAUACUCCACUCAACUUACCCUUUUCUUUAUCUACCCUGCCUGAUUCUUAGAAAAAUAACACCCACAAAAAGAAAACGGAAAUGGAGGCCGGAGUUCCUCUACUGGAGGGGUCAGGCGAGAAGUGGACGCGGUGGCGGAUGAUAUCAAAGGAGCUGAAUCGAGUUAAUUUCAUCGCGUUGCCGAUGAUUGUCGUGACCCUAUCGCAAUACCUUCUGCGAGUGUCGCCCAUUUUCAUGCUCGGCCAUUUGGGGGAACUUUCUCUUUCUAGUGCCUCAAUUGCCACUUCUUUCUGCAACGUCACCGGAUACAGCUUGCUGUUUGGGAUGUCUAGUGCUUUGGAAACUCUGUGUGGUCAAGCGUACGGUGCAAAGCAGUUUCAAAGGGUCGGGACUUUUACAUAUGGGGCCAUCUUAUGCUUGUUUAUGGUGUGCAUACCAGUUUCAAUCCUGUGGAUUUACACAGAGGAGAUCCUAAUAUUCAUGGGCCAAGAUCCUCUUAUCUCUUCUCAAUCAGGAAAAUACGCAAUCUUGUUAAUCCCCUCAUUGUUUCCUUACGCCAUUCUUCAGUCCUUGGUUCGCUACUUGCAGACUCAGAGUUUGAUACUCCCAAUGCUUUGGAGCUCGUUUGCUUCACUGUGUUUACAGCUGCUUCUUUGUUGGGUUUUCGUAUUCAAGCUAAAUAUCGGGAGUGCAGGAGGGGCACUUUCCAUAGGGAUGUCUUCUUGGUUUAAUGUAAUCUUGUUAGGGCUCUAUGUGAAAUUCUCUCCAAACUGUGAGAAGACAAGUGCCACUUUUUCAAAGGAUGUUUUUGCAACUAUGGGGGAGUUCUUUCGGUUUGCUAUCCCCUCGGCUGUCAUGCUAAGGNAAGGAAUCUUAUGGUGUUUUCAUGUUAAAAUGCCAGUUAACAUUCCAAAGUCCAUACACAACCUUGAAAUUUGUAUUUGGUGUACUGAUACCUCUACCCACUAAAUGGAUUUUGCAAAUAGGAACAAGAAAAACUCAAAGUUCUUUUUCCCCUUUAAAAAAAUUGGUAUAAUAAACGUGGGGUAGAAUUUGUAAUAUUCUCUAACCAUUUUCAUGUAUUUUUAUCAUGUACAACAAAAUCCAAUUGCUAAAAAUGUCUUAGUUUGGAGUGGUGGUCAUUUGAGCUAGUAAUAUUGCUUUCGGGAGUGUUGCCAAACCCACAGCUAGAGACAUCGGUUCUUUCCAUAUGCUUCACAAUUACUUCAGUGCACUAUCACAUACCUUUUUCAUUUGGUGCUGCCGCAAGCACUUUAGUAUCGAACGAGCUGGGAGCGGGUAAACCGGAGGCAGCCAGAUUCGCUCUUUGUGCAGUUUUGGUUCUUUCGAUUUCGGAGUUUCUAUUAGCCAGCCUUACUAUCUACAUUUGUCGUGGCAAAAUAGGAUAUGCAUUUAGUGGGGAGAAGGAAGUCAUUAGUUACAUUAAAGAUAUGGCUCCUUAUCUUUGCCUCUCCAUCAUCAUGGACAGCUCACAGUCUGUACUUUCAGGAGUGGCUAGAGGUAGUGGAUGGCAACAUAUAGGGGCCUACGUAAACUUGGGAUCUUAUUAUUUGGUUGGCAUUCCGGUGGCUUUAUUACUAGGGUUCGUUUUUAACUUUAAAGGUGAGGGUCUCUGGACUGGACUUGUAGCAGGGGCUACUGUACAAACACUCUCCCUGUCUCUAAUAACAAUUCUAACAGACUGGGAAAAACAGUCAAUGCAAGCAAGAGAGAGAAUUUUCGCCAGGAAACCUCUACCUGACAACCAGUCUGCAUGAGUGGGAUUUGGUUGGUGGGAAAUAGACGUUUGAUAUCUAUUGGUUCUAUCUUUUUCAUUUUCAUUUUAUUUUAUUUUUAUUCUU